AUGGGUGUUCAGCUUUUCUCUGCGACACUUCUGGCCCAGGGAAGGCUCGCUCUCGUGGGACAUUUCGAGAGAGCCCAACCGCCUCUUCACAUGCCGCGAGAAGCGAGAAGUGCCAGCGGGGGUGAAGGAGCCAAAGAGAAGGCUAGAGGUCCAGUGGAAUGGCAACUUGCUCUCACCGGUUCAUCGAUGGUUGUCCACGAGACACUGCCACUUAUGCUACACGUGCGAUUAGACGAAGAUCUGCUGAAUGGAGAUCCCUGGUACAACCGUGUGCCACCGACUGAACCCCGCGGAUUUGCCGGCGAGAGCUCUAGCUAUGUCAUGAGAUAUCACAAUGGCCAAGUAAAGGUAGCUCGUGGAUACGGAUGGUGGCGGGGAGACUUUGACGGAGCUGCCUGGCCUCCUGGUAUCAUUUGCAUGGUUGACACUGAUGGGAAUCCUGUUUACACCGACGAGGGCCAGCUACAGUACUGCCAAAGGUACAAGGAGCUUGCCGUGUAUUCGUGCAAUCCCCUACUCCCUAUCGUUGUUGAUAACGGAGACCCGCUGUCCAGUAGCGCCCAGCUGGAUCGAAGCCCUCUGCUCUUCUUUCAUCCUCCUUCCCAGCCAGGGGUAUCGCAGGCAGUGCAUCCGGACAGCCCUAUGGGACAGGGCCCUACACCAUGCAAGUACGUUGCCGGAGCCAACCCCAGCUGGAUAUCCAGUCUGGUGCCGAGGACAUACCGCAAUCCCUAUACUACGGCUACGUCAGUUGGCCUUGCCGGAGAGCUUCCCAUUGUUCUCGGCCUGAUGGCGUUUAGCGAACAUGCUUCUGCUUCUGUGACGCAAACGUUUCUGGGAGAUGGUGCGGCCCAUGGUAGAUGGAGAGAUGGGUUCUGGCGCCAUAAUGAUGCGCCGAAAGGCUACGCCCUCUCUGCCCAAGAAGACCCACGAGGGUUCUUCAUCUCCAUCUAUCUUGACCCUGAAAAUACAGACUACUCCACUGCAGCACACCUUACUGAAAUGGAAUGGGGAAAUAUUCUUGUCUGGGAUAUCAAAUAA